AGUGUAUAUCUGAGUGAUAUUUGAUUUUGCUUUUUGAUUUUUCUGGGUUAUGUCUGGCUAAGGGCGUUGCCACUGCGGAUUCAAUCAAUUCCGUGGAAUCAAAAGAUCAAAGAACAAGAGGUUUCUGGCGUUGCAGUGCCAUUUUAAGAAGUUAUUGCUGCUAAUGAGAAUUUUGGGGCACUUACUGUCUUGUAAGGAACUGUAACUUUUUGCACAUUAUGCAUGUCUGGCCCUGUGGCCACUGGUGAUGUUGUGGAAGGAGCAAUUUCUCGGACAGAGAGAACAAAAUCUCUUGAUGCCAUUACCUCCAAUGGCAAAGACUACCAGUCCAUCGUAACCAAUGGGGAAGUUUUGCAUGCAUCUUCUGAAACUGUUGGGUUUAAAUCUGGGAACCUCUUUCUUCCUAAUGGUGAAUGUUAUUCUGGAUCAUUGCUCGGUAGUGUACCUGAAGGUCCAGGGAAGUAUGUCUGGUCAGAUGGUUGUGUAUAUGAGGGUGGAUGGAGACGGGGGAUGAGGAAUGGAAAUGGUAAAAUUCGGUGGUCUUCUGGAGCCGCUUAUGAGGGUGAAUUUUCAGGUGGUUAUAUGCAUGGUACAGGGACUUAUACUGGACCUGACAAUAUGACCUAUAAUGGGCGCUGGAGGUUGAAUCUCAAACAUGGGUUGGGAUAUCAAAAUUAUCCUAAUGGAGAUGUCUUUGAAGGGUCUUGGAUCCAGGGAACACCAGAAGGGCCUGGUAAGUAUACCUGGGCCAAUGGAAAUGUUUAUUUGGGAAAUAUGAAAGGAGGGAAAAUGUCAGGGAAAGGAACUCUUACUUGGACAAAUGGGGACUCAUUUGAAGGAAGCUGGCUAAAUGGAAUGAUGCAUGGGUUUGGGGUAUAUACAUGGAGUGAUGGUGGCUACUAUGUUGGAACUUGGACACGGGGUUUGAAGGAUGGAAAGGGUGCAUUUUAUCCAAAAGGCAGUAGCCUUCCAGCUUUACAACAACUGUACAUUAAUGCCCUGAGAAAGCGAGGGCUGUUGCCAGAUUUGAAAAAGCAGUUUAAUGUCUCACAUAUUCAUCGUGCAUCAUCAGUGGAUAUGGGAAACGUCAAGGUUGGUGGCAAUCAGGUAUCUCGUCGAGGUUCUUCUGAUAAGCUUUCAAAAGGAAACCUGUUAAAUUUGGAUCAGUCUCGCAACAGAAAUGUUGCCCUGGAAAGACGUUGGAGUCUUGAGGUAUCUAUCGAAAAAGUAAUUGGACAUGAUUUGUCAUUGGGCUUAUCUGAGUCUGUCUCAGAAGGUGGAGAGAAAGAGAGUGUGACAAAUGCCCCAAUUUUGGAACGAGAAUAUAUGCAGGGUGUUUUAAUUAGUGAGAUGGUGUUAGAUAAUAGAUUUUCACCAUCAUCUAGAAGUGCAAAACGGCGGCAGAAGAAACUUACAAAGGAUGUAAAGAGGCCAGGUGAAGCAAUCAUUAAAGGUCACAGGAGCUAUGAUCUAAUGCUCAGUUUGCAGCUUGGAAUACGAUAUACUGUGGGGAAAAUUACACCAAUACAGAGGCGAGAGGUUCGUGCAUCAGAUUUUGGCCCCAGAGCCAGUUUUUGGAUGAGCUUUCCAAAAGAAGGAUCCCAAUUGACACCUCCUCAUCAAUCAGAAGAUUUUAAGUGGAAAGACUACUGCCCAAUGGUUUUCAGGAAUUUAAGGGAGAUGUUUAAGAUUGAUGCCGCUGACUACAUGAUGUCCAUUUGCGGAAAUGAUGCUCUGAGGGAACUUUCUUCUCCUGGGAAAAGUGGUAGUGUUUUCUUCCUGUCUCAAGAUGAUCAUUUCAUGAUUAAGACUCUUCGAAAAUCUGAAGUGAAGGUUCUUUUGCGAAUGCUUCCAAACUAUCAUCAUCAUGUGCGGUCCCAUGAGAACACACUCAUAACAAAAUUUUUUGGUCUUCACAGGAUCAAACCUUCAAGUGGGCAAAAGUUUCGCUUUGUAGUAAUGGGAAACAUGUUCUGCACAGAAUUACGAAUCCAUAGGAGAUUUGAUUUGAAAGGUUCCUCCUUAGGGCGUUCCACAGACAAGGUUGAAAUUGAUGAGAACACAACACUGAAAGAUCUGGAUCUAAAUUACCGCUUUUAUUUGGAACCUUCUUGGCGUGAUGCUCUAUUGAUGCAGAUUGAGAUUGACAGUAAAUUUUUGGAAGCACAGCACAUUAUGGAUUAUAGCCUUUUACUGGGUGUGCAUUAUCGAGCCCCCCAACAUCUGCGGUCUCUCAUGUCUUACAAUCGAAGUAUAGGAGCUGAUGGAUUGGGAAUUCUUGCAGAAGAAGAUUCUAUAGAGGAUGAUAUCUCUAGCUAUCCAGAAGGCCUUGUCUUGGUGCCUCGUGGAAGUGAUGACGGUAGUGUUGUUGUGGGCCCUCACAUCAGAGGUAGCCGAUUGAGAGCAUCAUCUGCUGCUGGUGGUGAGGAAGUGGAUCUCCUUCUUCCUGGAACAGCAAGACUCCAAAUCCAGCUUGGUGUGAAUAUGCCAGCAAGGGCAGAAAAGAUUACAGGGAUACAGGAAGUAGAGACACUUCACGAAACAUACGAUGUUGUUCUUUACCUGGGUAUUAUUGACAUAUUGCAAGAGUACAACAUGAGUAAGAAGAUUGAACAUGCAUACAAAUCUCUUCAAUUUGAUUCCUUGUCCAUCUCUGCGGUUGACCCUACAUUCUACUCCAAGCGCUUCUUGGAAUUCAUUCAGAAGGUCUUCCCUCCAAAUGAGGUAACAAGUUGAAAGGCCUUGGAUCCAGUAUGUCCAUGCCUGUAAUGAGAGUUCCGCCCUAGUGGGAGACUGCUUGCAGAGUUAACAAGAACAUUCAUUUCUUGGGGCCGGCCAUAUGAACUCAUGUAUUAGAAUUAAAGAUUGGGAGAAGGGGCUAAAGUGUUGCAUAUUGUGAGUAGGCAAAGCUAAAUCAUCUCUUCCAAGCCCAUCCUAAAGGCUUAGUUGAUAAUGAUGUUAAAAAAAUUUAUUUCCAUGUUAUUGUCAUUUUUUAUUUUUUUUUAUUUUUGCAUUAUGUUUGGAGUUUGAUUCAGGUUGUGUUAUUUCUUCAGCUAUUUGUAUUCUUUUCAACUCCUAAUGAGCUUCAGUGAGGGGAAUGUAUGAUUUGAGGUUCUUAGACUUUCGG